CGUCGCCCAAUCGGAAGGCGCGGUGGCACGCAGGUGACUCGCCCAUUGGCCUGCGCCAAGCCCCUCCCCUCCGUCCCGUGGCGUCGCUCCGUGCGCAGCGCGUGAGGCGGCGCGGCUCCUCUCCUGCCAGUUGGUCCCUCGCGCUCUCGACGUCUGCGGAGACCGGCGAACCGCGCCCGGUCGCUCCCUCCGUUUCCGGCGAUGUCCGAAGGCGAAGCCAAGCAGGUGGCCACCAGCGGCGGCGGCUCCGACCCGAAGGCCGAGGCGGGGAGCGCGGCGGGGCCCGGCGUGACCUCGCUCUCGCCCCCCAUGGCGGCGUCUGCGGCGGCCCCCCAGGAGGAGGAGGAGGAGGAGAGCGAGGACGAGUCCGAGAUCCUGGAGGAGUCGCCCUGCGGACGGUGGCAGAAGCGGAGGGAGGAGGUGAAUCAACGCAAUGUUCCUGGGAUUGACAGUGCCUAUCUGGCAAUGGACACAGAAGAAGGGGUGGAAGUGGUUUGGAACGAGGUCCAGUUCUCGGAGCGCAAGAAUUUUAAGCUUCAGGAGGAGAAGGUCAAAGCUGUCUUUGACAACCUGAUCCAACUAGAGCACCUCAACAUUGUGAAAUUCCACAAGUAUUGGGCAGACGUGAAGGAGAACAAGGCCAGAGUGAUCUUCAUCACGGAGUACAUGUCCUCUGGCAGCCUGAAGCAGUUUCUGAAGAAGACAAAGAAGAACCACAAGACCAUGAAUGAAAAGGCUUGGAAGCGCUGGUGUACUCAGAUCCUUUCAGCUCUCAGUUAUCUUCACUCCUGUGACCCCCCCAUCAUCCAUGGGAACUUGACUUGUGACACCAUCUUCAUCCAGCACAACGGCUUGAUCAAGAUUGGGUCAGGCAAAAAAUCCUUGGGAACCUUGGUCAAGGCGAUUCCACUGGAGUGGAGCCGGUGGAAACUGGACUGGAACUGGGCCGAGAGGAGAGGUGGUGUCCGUGGUGCAGAGGUGGCAGUUGCCCCAGACACCAUCAACAACCACGUGAAGACGUGUCGUGAGGAGCAGAAGAACCUGCACUUCUUUGCUCCGGAGUAUGGUGAAGUGGCCCAUGUGACGACCGCAGUGGACAUCUACUCCUUCGGGAUGUGCGCGCUGGAGAUGGCAGUGCUGGAGAUCCAGGGCAAUGGUGAAUCGUCUUAUGUGUCACAGGAAGCAAUUAACAAUGCCAUCCAGUUGCUAGAGGACCCCUUGCAGCGGGAGUUCAUUCAGAAGUGCCUGCAGUUGCAGCCCAGCAAGCGCCCCACAGCCCGUGAGCUCCUCUUCCACCAGGCCCUCUUUGAAGUGCCCUCUCUGAAGCUCUUGGCAGCCCACUGCAUUGUGGGCCAUCAGCACAUGAUCCCAGAGAAUGCACUGGAAGAAAUGACCAAGAACUUGGACAUGAGUGCUGUGCUGGCUGAGAUCAACCACGCUGACCGUGAGGGUGUCCGAAUGAUCUUCUCCCAGUCCCCAGCGCUGGAGUUAGACAAGUUUCUGGAGGAUGUGAGGAAUGGCAUCUACCCCCUCACUGCCUUUGGCCUGCCCCGGCCUCAGCAGCCACAGCAGGAGGUGGUGAAAUCUCCCAUUGCCCCCCCAUCUGUCAAGACACCGACGCCGGAGCCUGCAGAAGUGGAGACUCGCAAAGUUGUGUUGAUGCAGUGCAACAUUGAGUCAGUAGAGGAGGGUGUGAAGCACCACUUGACGCUGCUGCUGAAACUGGAAGACAAACUGAACCGACACCUGAGCUGUGACCUGCUGCCCAGUGACAAUAUCCAGGAACUGGCAGCAGAACUGGUCCAGCUGGGAUUCAUCAGUGAGGCUGAUCAGAGCCGGCUGAGCUGUUUACUUGAAGAGGCGUUCAGCAAAUUCUUCUUCUCCCGGAACGGGGCACUGGCAGCCGUCACAGUCUCCUCCUAAGGGCUGCCCGCUGCCAGCAGUGCCCCUGUGCUGCAUCUCUGUAGGGUCCCACCCCAGACCGCCGCUGCCACCAAUUCCAGCGUGGCUGUACCUCCUGUGUGUGCUGAUGCUGCCAGGUGUCCUGCAGACAAUCGCCGCCACUGCUGGGGGAGGGGGCAAGGUGGGGAGUGGGGGGGCGGUGUGCCUUGUCAGUAUUAUUUUCCCUGUGGCUAGUGGCCUCUCCCCUCCCCCCCAGCUCACAUGCAUGGAGUUUUGUUUUGCUUGAAUUGUACAGAGUUUUUUUGCACAGCACGGAGAUGUCUGUCUUGUUAUUUAAAGGUGGGUGGAAGGGAGGGAGGAACGCUGGAGCUGGCUUCUACCCCACGCCUCCCUGGCCCUCCCUCUCUCACACUCACACACACACACACCCUGCUGUUUCCCCCUCACUCUCCCUGGCCGCGGCCUCUCCCUCCUCCAGGCUCUUCCCUCCUCCAGGCUGUUCCCUCCUCCAGGCUCUUCCCUCUCCCUUCCCCAGUUGCUUCACAGUCCUGGGUUGCACAGCAGUGAGACCCUUCUGGCCUUGGGGGAGGCGGGUGGGCGGAGUGGUAUUAACAUUGCAGGUGCAAGAGGCGGAGAGUAGCUGGCGAGGCCUUGGUCCAGCCUGGGGGAGGCCGCUGAGCCUUCACUUCUCCCAGCUGCUUCGGGGGGGGGGGCACCUCCGUCCCCAACAGGGCUGGAGCCACCUGAUCAGUGAAAUGUGCCUCCUCCCCUCCUGUAUGCUGGGGAUGCUCCAAGUGUUGUCUCUGUUCCUGUUUUUAAUAAACUGUUUUGUAAAUAA